AUGGCUCUCAAAAACCUCGACACUUAUGAGUCUCGCACCUCUUCAGCUGGGAUAACGAUGGCUGUUCUAUCGAUAGCCUGUUCCUUUGGAGUGAUCAUUUUUGCUAUGAGCGAUUACAACUUUGUUCCGAAGCAGAUGUACUGUACAGCAGUGACUCCAGAAACACUUUUUAAAGUUUCUCUGAGUAGUAUCAUUACGGUAGUACUAGAAGCGUUUACUAUCAUAUGCUUUUUUUGUGUAUACUACGCAAAUUCGAAGCAAAGGUAA